CUUUGUUUUGUCGUUUAUAAUUGCCGUUAGAAAUUAAUUACCGGUUGCGCCAGUCGUGAUGUACCAGUAGUAGUUAUUAAUCGUGUGUGUGUGUUUGUUUGCGAGCGUGUGAGAGCGCGCGCGUUCUCUACAAAGACGAGGCUAAAGUAAAGCGUUAAGAGAGUCGCCGCCGCCGCCCUUUAAUAUCGAUGGAUUAUUCGCGCGUUGUUCGGAGACUACUCGACAAUCAGUGGUGUGCGUACGGCGGCGGCACGGGGAGGAUUUAUUUUUGUUUUAUCAAUAAAAUUUUUCUUCGAAACCGGUCCGAAACGACAACUUGGGGGGGGCUGCGCUGUGACUCCGUAAGGCGCGUACUGCUGCCGUUAAUUGUCGUGGAGGCAGUGGAAGGUUUUCGGACUGAUAACCGUCGGCCAACUACUAUUGUGCCGCGCCUGCAGUACGACCGAGAUCGGUGCGGCGUCAUGUUGCGGUGGUGUACGGCACUGCAAAAAAAAGGUCGUUCGAUGCGAUUGCAAGCCGCGGCGACGGUAUGACCAGAAACGGCUAUAAAAUCGCCGCGUCGCGUUUGAGAUCUGUACGUCCCACGGAUUCACAUAUAUCCUACUACGGGUUUUUCUAAGGACAUCGUCGUCGUCGUCGAUAACUCACUAGAUGUCGAUAGCGUUGCUGCCGCCGCCGAUUAUUUAUUUUUUCUUUGUUUAAGAGUUAAUGCGUAGUUAUUAAAAAAAAAUAAAAAAUUAAUGUGGCGCGGAGCUCAUGUUUUUACACUCCGUAACGCGCGUUUCUCGUCGUGGUAUUCGGUUACGACGUCGGUCAGGAGUGCGGGACGCGUAUACGCCGAGGAUAUACUCGGCCUUUUUUUGGUGACCCAGUGGUGGUGCGAGUUAACGAAAUCGCAACGAGAUAAGGCUCGUCGCGUUUUUGGUGACCACUACCAUCACCACCUUCCACCAUUACCACCACCGGCAGCAGCAGCAGCAGUAGCUGUGUGUGUUUGACCGUGUGUCGAUUCGCCGUGUGUGUGUGUGCGUCUGUCAAGACUGUGUACAACCGACGUGUAGUUGCGUCGGUCAGUGCGGCAAAUCGAUCUACGCGUGUCAGUCGAUCCGAAAAAACACACUGCCGUUGUCGUGUUCUGCGUGUUCCGGCCGGUUCCGAUGAAAUCCUCGUUAUCCGUGUUUUCUUUCGGCGGUAGAUUUUGAUAUAAUUCGUUUUACCGUAAAAAUCAUCGCGUUUUUUUCAUCGAAUAGCAAAGUGUUUUUGUUUGCGGCGGCAGUGUCGAUUCGUUGGAAAACUAGUCGAAAUGUAAAUCGAUUUGCACACGACUUCCUGGUGGCGGCAUAGUUCACUCGUCGACCAACGAUAUUUCAAUAUCAUCAUGUUACAACUGGGUCCAUAUGAUCUCCACGAAUCUUGGACUAAGAUGAGCGGCGGCGCAAGCCCAAGCUCUGCGUUGCCCAAGAAAAAGAAAAAAAGCGACGCCAAGCCACAGUCCCAAAUUAACAAGUGCCUUAAUGAAAAACGCCGAAGAGAACAGGAGAACAUAUACAUCGAAGAACUGGCCGAGUUGAUCUCAGCUAGUUUUGCGGACAUGAGUUCCUUGUCUGUGAAACCCGAUAAGUGCGCCAUUUUACAGGAGACCGUGAAACAAAACCGUAGAAUAAAACCUGAAAAUUCAGAAAGUUUAGUGGCCAUCGAAUCGGCCGUACAACAAGGCGAAGUCUCUUCGUCGAAACAAUCGAAAAUAUCCAACACGGAAUUGGCUCCUCUUCUUCUUUCGGCGUUGGAAGGGUUUUUGCUCGUCGUCAGUGCGGACGGCCGAAUAGAAUUUGUCAGCGAUAACAUUGAACAGUUUCUCAACUACAAUCAAGAAGAACUGAUCGGCGAGAGCGUUUACAAUUUUAUUCAUCACGGCGAUCACACCAGAUUCGGUUUGCUAUUGAACAACCCUCUGUUGAUAUACAGCAGUUCCUCUUCAAUCGUGUCGCCGCCGCCGCCCGGCGGUUCCUCCCAGUCUUCGGGUUCGCUUAUGGAACAGCCGCCUCCUUCCGGCGGCGGCAACAAGGGCGGCAACAACUGGAAUCGGAAAUUCACCACCAAGUUCAAUUGUCGGCUGCUGGUGAAACCGCCGCCGUCCGAUCGAGACCAAACGAUCGAAGAAAAACAGAGUAGACCUUGUCAAUACAAGACAUUACAAAUAUCGUCUACAAAAAUUAAUGGUGGAAUGCUAGAUGACGAAGAAAAUACCGAUGGCGGCGGCCAGAGUUUAUUGUGUAUAGCGCAACACGCUCUCAACGAGAAACAUCUCAGUCCGCCUUUGGAACAGUUCUCGUUUAAGCUCGAUCAAAACGGCGAAAUUUUAAGUUUAGACACUCAAAACGUAUCGGAUACGUAUGCUCAAUACAUGAAAAAGGAAAAUCUAGCGGGUAGAAUGUUGCACGAAAAAUGUCACAAGAGUGACGCUCUGAAAGUGAUCAAUCACAUAAAAGAAACGCGGCGUGCAGGGUUCAGUACGAGUCCUAUUUUCAGACUGCAUUUGGUCGACGACAAAUACAUAAACGUGCAAACCAAAUCGAAACAUUUCAACAAAAACGAAGGUCACGAUACGGAAUUUAUAAUGGCGACUCUUUCGAUUAUCGGGGACAGCGAAAUGUGCAAUAUGAUCGAGAACCACUCGUCGGCUCUCGCUGCUGCCAGCACUGCUGUAGCCGCCGUAGUAGACCCUUUGGGCGCCGGAGGAACGGUUUCCUUGAACGGAGUAGACGCCGCUUUAUCGAUGAUGAGCGGCGGCGGCGGUGGGUCCACCACAUGCAAUCAGCAGCAGCAGCAGCAGUCGAACGUGCAAUCCGAUUCGAAAUUUUCCAGCAACAACGUCUACGGCAGCGGCGGCAACAACAGGACCACCACUCCGCCGACAUUCGAACUCAACUUGUCCAACUUUUCACUAUUUCCUGGUUGCAAUUAUGGCGGUGGCGGCGGCGAUAUGAUCGAAAACAAACCGUGGACGGCGGCGGCGGAACAGUCCGCGAGUGCGGGAGACGCGUCAAACAAAACUACUCCCGUGCCUAGUCCCGCCGCUACGACGAUUCAUUCCAAUCCGCCGCCUCACACGCCGGCGGCAGCACCACAGACGCCAUACGGUUGUUUUCCUUUUAGUCCGCUCGUUCAAUCGCCCAAAGACACCACCUUUGACAACAUCAACAAUGCCGCGGCCGCGGCCGCCGCCGAUAAAGCUGAAAAGUUGCGUUCAUUGUUGACCACCAGCAGCACAAAGAGGGCUGACGGAUCUUUUGACGAGACCGCCGCCAAGCAUAACAUUUUGAAAGGUCUUCUCAAUCAAAACGAAAUGAACUCGCAAGACGACGAUUCUGUUAAUCAUCAUCAUCAUCAUCAUCAUCACGGUACACCGUCAUCCAGUCCCGCCAAUGUCCGUCAACCGCUUCACAACUUUUCCACCGUGAUGGCGAACGACACCGCAGCAGCGAUGAUACCGCCGAAUAGUGCGGCGGCGGCGGCGGCCGCCGCCAGUAGCAAUAACAACAAUAAUAUGUUGCUCAAGUUGUUGAACGACAAAAGCGAAGACGAAGACUUGGAAGCCAGAAUCGGUAUUAAAAAGCAAAACGAACUCCUUCAACAGUUGCUCAAGGAAGACGAUAACGGCGGUGGACAACAGCACGGAGGAGGAGGAGGUGGCGGCGGCGGCGGCGGCAUGCACGAGCAAAAUGAACAUCGUCGUCCAAACGACGACAACAACAGGAUAUUGAAAGUCUAUCGGAUUUUAUCGCCCGCGUCACCCGACAGUCUUGGCCACGGCAGCAGGAAACGUAACAGUGUUGUUACUGCGGCGGACGACGACAACGAACAUCCACCUUUAAAACGUACAAACAGUUCUUCGGCGGCGGCGGCGGGUUCCGGCGCUACGGGUCCCUUGUCUCUAGACUCUCUAUCCAACCCCAGCAGCAGCAUCGGCGGCGGCGGUAGUUGCCAAUCCCAAGUGACCACCAGUAAAUUGCGAGAGCGCAACAAGAUGCUCGCUGAAUUGUUGGAGAUCAAAGACCCCACGCCACCGUCUAUUCCGGUUAUGCCCGCUUCCGUUAUAUCGGGUACACCUCAAGAAAAAUUAGCAAACAUAAUCAAACAGCAGCAGCAGCAGCAGCAACAACAUCAACAGCAGCAGCAGCAGCAGCAGCAGCCACAACAACAACAACAGCAGCAACAACAACCACCUGCUGGAUGGAACAACAAUAAUCAACAUCAGAUGUGUAUUGCCCCAUCGCAGAGAAUACAACAAAGUCAACAUCAAAAUCUUCUUCAACGCACUAUGGCUCCAAAAAGCGGUAGUAAUCCUUAUCUGAAUACCAUGUUGGAUCAACAACCCCAAACCGCUCACGGCCCGGGUCACCUGACUAACAUGCACAUGCAAACAAUGCGCCUCGUUACCUCGUCCGCUACUGGUGGUUUGAGUGGAUACAACACGCAAUUCGGUAACGCCGAAAUCAAUACUAAUUUACAACCGUUCAAUUCCGAUCCCGAAUUAUCCGAACUGCUGGAAGAAGUAAUGGAUAUAAUGGUCGUUACUUCGGAAACCGCUCAAACACCCAACACUACGGUUGGACCCAAUACGGUAAACCAGAGUUCAUUCAAUUCGUUGAUGAAUGAAAAUAUGGCCGUUAGUGAAAUCAAAAAGUGUUUGAUGCAAGUCGAAUCUUCGGUUAAAUCACCGGUGCAGUUAAAUUAUGGUGGUGCGCCCAACGCUAAUAGUAUUCAAGUACAAAAUCAAUUCAUACCACCUCCGGCCUAUCAACCCCAACAAAAAAAUACGAGAUUCAACCAUCAGCAAUCGCCCAGAUUGGCGGCUGCCGUGGCCUCGUCGUAUCCUAAAAACGUACAGACGCCACCUCUGCAACAGCAACAAUUAUUAUUGCAACAACAACAACAAAAACAAAGGUUAAUUCAGCAACAGCAGCAGCAACAACAACAGAAGCAAAGACUUCUUCAACAGCAACAGCAACAGAAAAUGGUCGUGUCGUCUAAUUCGGCCGCUAUUCCCAAUCCAGAUCCGACAACUGCUCUACAAACAAUAGAUUCUUUGAUAAAUAAUUCUGUUGCGCCUAAUGUAGCAUUACAGCUGUCUUCAAAUGUACCUGAUUCACAAUCUCAAUUAAGUCCGGUUUAUGCUGCUGCACCGGGCAGCCAGUUGCUCAAUUCAUCUCAGAUCUCACCUUCAUCAAAUCGUCAACCUCCUUACAAUAACCUCCAACAACAACAACAAUCGUUUUCAAUGUUAAAUUACGGAACGACAACACAAACUCAAACAACAGCACAAUCGCAACAACAAAUGACUCUACAAACGGCUUCACAGAUGUCUCCGUCGAGUCAUCCACAAUACCAAAAUACAUUGAACCCUUGUGUGAAUCAGCAGCAGUAUCAAAACCAACAGACCGCCGCCGGUGUGUGGACGCAACAACAAAGAUUGACUUUACAUCAACAACAAAAUCCCAUGUUAAAUGCUCAAUUACAAGUCGCCGGUUUUAAUAAUGGUGGCGGUGGCGGCAAUGCUAUUAGACAAAAUUUCAUUAAUCCUCAACAACAACAACAACAAAUGGCGGCUGCACCACCCCAAACACAAAGUCGCGUUUUGACGAGUCCUGUCGGUUACAAUACAGAAGUGACGGCCAAUGCGAAUUGUACGUCUCAACAACAACAGCAGCAGCAGCAGUUACAACAGCAACAAUUUCGAGUGCCCAGAAGUAUGAGCAUCACUACCACCCCUACCAACGCUCAAAUUCCUGGAGGAGGAGGAGGCGGCGGCGGCGGUAACAACGGAGUAACGGAGUACACUAGAAACGAGUUACGCGCUUUUGUCGGUGUACGUAGUCAACAAGGCGGCGGAAACGCUCGUAUGGCCGGUCAAUUGUUAGCCGGCCAAAACGUCACUGCUGCAGAACUCGAUCCCUUAGGUUUAAAUUUUGAUAUGUCGCCAUCGGGCGGUAGCGAAAGCCCCAAAUGGUCAGGAUUGAACUCCGAUCACGGGACGUCAUCAUCUCCUCAACCACAAGUAAUGGCGCCGAGGGGUCAGCUCGAUGACGCUGGAAGAUUAAGUAAUGCCAAUUCCACUACGGGUACCAGCGUAUCCGAUCAAAAAUCUUCGUUGUUACAAAAGCUUCUCUCUGAAUGAUGGCAUUAUUAUUAUUAUUAUUAAUUUUUGUUAUUUAAAUUUUCACAGAAAAUUAAUUUGCAGGGACGACUCGUUUAGAAUAAUAUAAUUUAUUUAUUUUUUUUUUUUUUAUGUACAUUCAGUUUUUAUUACUUUGAUUAUAAAAAUAAAAUUUAAGAAAAACAUAUUUGUUUUUACAAAUUUUACUAUGUACAAAUGGGGACCGUCUAUUUUACUAAACUCGGCGGUAUUGAAUUUAAAGGUAGAGUUUAACGCGUUACAUGUUGAUUUAUUUACUAAGUUAUUGAUCAUCGUUUUGUUUUACUUGCCAAUUUAAUUUUGUUGUGUACUCAAUUAUUGUUUUUUUUUUUUUUUACAGUUAAAUUUUGUUAUUAUUUUUAAUCCCGGUUAUUACGUUUGAGAUCAUCGAUAUUGUCCAAUAAGACGACAAUAUUAUUAAAUGUGGAAUCCAGCUAAAAGAAAAAUACGACUCCUCGAUUGUUCUUUUUUUUCUACGCGUUCCCAUAUUUUCUCACUCGUUUUACACUCCAUAAUAUAACACACUUGCACUUUGCAUUAUAUUAACAUUAUCGAUUUUUCACUAUUAUCAUCGUUAUUUAUUACUUCAUCUAUGUAUAACUUGUUUAUAAAACGUUUGUAUUCAUUUCGAACAGAUUUCACGUGAACUAAUCGAGAACGUUCAAUGAAUUGUUAUACAAACAAAAAGUUCCAACAGUUUACUCUAGCCGAUCUCUCUAGUCGAGAUUGGGACAUCUUUGGGCUUCCUCCUCCUACUCUGUUGUGUGUUAAUUGAUCAGUGAGAUAUAAUUUUUUCUGUAACACUUGAUUUCUAUACUUUUACAAAACGAUCACCCUUCUAUAAUUUUGUUAUAUACUCUAUGAUAAUAUGUAUUAUGUUAUGAAUGUUAUAUUUUUAAAUUUUUUUCACUUUCUAUUAAUCAACAAAAUGCUGGAUUCUGUUUUCUCACUAAAAUUUUAUUCCUCUCCUAUGUUGUGUUUUAUGUUGUUUUUUAAAUUUUCAUGGGGCAUAUCUUGAAUAAGAUUUAAGCUGUUAAAAAGCUACUAGGGUAUAAUAAUUUACAUAUGUCGUUUUAGAUUUGUUACCGUCAUCAAUAAAUUCCUCCAAAUGAUAAUAAUUAAAGUAAUAAUAAAUUACAGUGACAUUCUUGUAGGUUUAUACGAUUUCUACGUAUGAUGAUACUAUACGGAUAUUUGAUUAUUACACUAACUUUGAUACUGUUAUUUUAUCUCCAACUUUCUCUUUAGUAUCAAUAUACUUAUUAUCGUCAUUGUACAUUAUAUUAUUGAAAAAAAAAAAAAUCAUUAUUGCUGUUGUUGUUGUUGUUGUUGUUGUGAGAAUUUCUUUUUUUAAGUUCCUUUUGUUAUUCAUUAUUAUUUUUAAAAUAUUAUUGACGAGUAAUAUUUUUUGAUAAAAAUAGUUAUGUAAGAAAGUCAUGUGUAGUAUUGUUUAUUUUUAAUACUUAAGAUUCACCUUUUUUACCUUAAUUUUUUAUCUGUCUGAUAUUUUUAUAAAAUUAAAAUAUGGUAUAUAUUUUCUUAAUAUUUAUAUAAAUAUAUAGAUAUAUAUAUUUAUUUAUUUAAAUAUAUAUAUAUAUAUAUCUGUGUAAUAAAUAUUUUUUAGAAUAUAUUUGAUUGGAUUAUCAUACCACACCAUUUUUUUCUCCUCGCUCUAUUAUUCAUUUUAAAUUAUCCGUUAAUGAAACAUGACGGAUACUUUUUGUAUGUUAUCACAAAGUGAUUUUAUUUAUGAUAUAAAUAAUUAUUAAAUACUGUUAUUUAUGUUUGAAAAUAUUACUUUAUAGUUACCUAUGCGAUACACAUUCGGGUCAUUGCAAAGUUCUUAAAAUAGGGGUGUUGUCUGUGUUUUUAAUAGUUAUAUAUAUAUAUAUUUA